CGGACUAGCCUAGGCUUAGGCAUAUGCCCUCCCUAAAUUCUGCUCUAUUUAAAUAUAGCAGACUAUUGAAACGGCUCGUAACACUUGGUCUAUAAAUCAGCACAAUUAUGGUAAAUUAUAAUCUAGCCCAUUACUUAAAAUCCAAACGAUGAAUGAUCCGAAAAAUAUUUGCUUGGGCCGCAGUACAUUUUCCAGCUCUCAAGAUGAACCAGGCCAUAUUUACAACGAUGAAUUGGUCAGCUAGAAGUAGCUGGAAAGUCUCAAGACACCAGAUUGUAUCAGCUCAGGUGCCGGAUUUUUACAUAUGUUUUAAUAACAUAUCUGUCUGUUCUUUUUACCGGAGUAAGUGUACUUAUAAGUCAGCUGGUACCCCAGUGUUUACAAAGAGGCGUUGCUUUGACCGGAAUGCUGUUCAUCAGGUCAUCAGUAUGAAUUUCUAUCAGCGGCCUUUCUAUACAAUGCUGGCAGGCAUUUUAAAUAAUAUUUUACGAAGAAAAAUGUGCAAUAUUUCAUUUCUCAGAAACAAAUAUUCAAAUCAAUGCAAUUUCUUAUGCAGUAAGAAAUCUUUUAAUUGGAAUUUUAAAAACAAGAAGUCAGGAACAGUGCAACGUAAAAUGAUGGUAAAAUUUUACUGCUCAGGGAGUAAUAAUCAGAUACAGGAAGCAACAGAACUUUCAGAAACGCCCAUUUUUCAUGAGGAAUCUGGUAAACCAAUCGCCCCAGAUCCUGAAACGUGUUGUGAAACCGGUUGUGUACACUGUGUGUGGAUUAAGUACGUCGAAGAACUUCAGAAUUAUUACCCAGACGGUAUUCAGGAGGAAGAAGUGAAAGAUAUACUGAAAAAAAUCCAUGAUCCACUUGUGAGGUCAUUUGUCAAAAUGGAACUUGGAGCCUAGUACUUCAAGCCCACCUCAAGGAAAUUCAACUCAGUUAUCAACCUCACGUGAUAGCAAGCUCAGCACAAUUCACUAGUGUGUACGCAUUGUUAGUGCAAAUUUUGCCUCUCAAGGCAGUGAGAAAAAUACCCUUUUACCAUUAUGCACACAUUUAUCAUCUUGCAGACUAUGCUACCAUUAAAUUGACCAAUCAGAGUGCUCAAUAUUUUCCCAUUCUUAUGUCAGAAAAUAACUGUGCUGUUUGCAUGCAAGCUAAGGUGAAUUCUGUGUGUGCUUUUAGGCAUUAUUAUUUUAUUAAAUUUUAUUAAACUUGUUUUAAUGAUUUUAAAUAAUCUUUGUUAUUACACACUUAAUUUUGGAUGUUCUUGAUUUUCGUUUAUAUCAAAAGAGAUUUUUUAAAAUUUAAUUUAACAAUGAAUCGCUAUCCAAUAAAGUAAUACUAAAAUACAGUAAUGUAGCACCAUAAUUUUGUUUUCAUAAUAUAUGUUAAGUUGGCAUGAAAUAUAAAAGAGCUAGGAUUAGACAGUGCUGCAAUUUAUUACGAGUAAUUGGAAACAACUAAAUUGAAUUGCUUUGUUAAACCUUGUUUCCUUAUUACGCUUUUGUAAUUUUUGUAUUGUUAUAAUAUUAUAUACCAAUUGUAUUGUGACUUUCAUACUUACUUACUUAAUAAUGAUAGUAAUAAUACUAACUUGGUACUACCUGUAAUUAAUGACCCCUCCAAUUAAAGACCACCUCCAAUUAAGGACAACUUUUCUGCAGUCCCAAAUUAACAAAUGUCUUUUAUCUUUAUUAUUCUAAUUAGAGACUAAAGCUGCUAAUUACCAUGGAAAACCUCAGUCCCAAAAGUUGUCUUUAAUUGGAGGGAGACCUGUACUUGAGUUCAGCUGUCUCUUAAGCCCUGUCCAGCCCAAACAUGUGACAUGCCUAUAUAUGGUCAUGAUGACAUCACAUCAUGACCAUAUAUAGCCA